UCCAGCCUAAAUGUAUUGUGUAUAUCAUACGACAGCUCAGCCAACGAAACAAGAAAAUACACAAAGACAAAAGAGACAUUGUCGUCGUCGAAUUAUUAUUUUUUCUAUAUCCAUCGGUGCCGAUAAACUUUUUCGUUCGCCUUCUCUUCUGUUUCGGUUCUGAACAAAUUCUCUCGCUUUAAUUAAUGUCAAUUUUGCUCUCAUCAUCGUUACUGUCGUCGUCGAGUAAAUUGUGAGCGUAGAAAUUUUUUUUCCUGUUCAACGUGAUUUUGCCAACACAAAAAACAUUUGCGUGUCAAUUUUUUUUUUGGUCGGUUCAAUCGGCGUAUUUUCCGCAACGCAUCUGAGGCUACACAGUAGUGAAAGAGAGGUGACAGAGGACGUGAACUAUAGCGAAAGAACGAGAAGAAGACGAUUUGCAGUGUAGAGAGAGAGAGAGAGUGAGAGUAGUGAGCAGAGGGAAAUUUUGGAUUUAUUUUAGUUCCCCGUGCGGUGGUGAAAUUCAAUUAGAUUUUAUCGACAACGACUACCACUAACACAUCCGACCAAAUCGAAUUUACGGCAAAUUCGUUACGAGAGAAGAAAGAAGCUGAAUAUUAUUUAUUGAUAUAUCAUCAUUAUCACCAGGCGAAUAAAACAUGGGUUUAACAAUAUCAAGUGCAUUGACGCGUUUGUUUGGCAAAAAGCAAAUGCGCAUUCUGAUGGUUGGUUUGGAUGCGGCCGGUAAAACUACAAUCCUGUACAAAUUGAAGCUGGGCGAAAUUGUGACCACCAUACCAACGAUCGGUUUCAAUGUGGAAACGGUUGAUUACAAAAAUAUUUGCUUCACCGUUUGGGAUGUGGGUGGUCAAGAUAAAAUUCGACCAUUGUGGCGACACUAUUUCCAAAAUACACAAGGUUUAAUCUUUGUGGUCGAUUCAAAUGAUCGUGAACGUAUUGCCGAAGCGGAAAAAGAGCUAAAAAGUAUGCUAAAAGAGGAUGAACUACGUGAUGCGGUCGUAUUGGUAUUUGCAAACAAACAAGAUCUACCGAAUGCAAUGAGCGCCGCCGAACUCGUCGAUAAAUUGAAUUUAAAUCAAUUGCGCAAUCGAAAUUGGCACAUACAAGCCACAUGUGCUACACAGGGCAAUGGGCUGUACGAAGGGCUGGAUUGGCUAUCAAAUGAAUUGGCCAAAAAGUGAUUCAUUUUCUCGGUGUGUGUGUGUGUAUUGAUUGUGUGUCCGCAUUCCAGAAAAACAACAAACGAAAAAACAACAACAACAACAAACAACCAACAACCAUCGCCAGCAACGCCAGCAUAAAAACAAACGAAACAACAUGAAAAUUAAAUAAGAGAAAAAACGAUUCCAGAGUGUAAUUUGUGCGUGUAUGUUCGUGCGGCCACCACCAACAACAACUUCAUCAUCAUCAAUAGCAAAAAGCAAAACUAUGAAGAAAAAAAAUAAUCUAAAAUUUAUUUUUUUUCUGUUCUUUUUUUUUGAUAAUCUAAAUUUUAAAUCGAUACACGUAGUAAAACAAAAAUUGUAAAAGCUAAAAAUUAUUGAAUGAAAGAGAAAAAAAAAAUAAAAGAAAAAAUUUGAAAAGAGAAAAAAAAAAUGUAUCAAAUACGCAAGCUAAGGGAAAAAAACGAGUAUGAAAUAAAUAAAAUGUUCCAAGAAAGCAAAUAAUGAAGCGAAAAAAAAAAGAUUUUGUCUUUUUCUCUCUCUGCUCGUUAAAAUCGGCCGUUGGCGUCAAAUCGAACAGAGACGAAGAAGAAGAGAAGAGAAAAAAACACCCGAAAUCCAACUAACGUAUGCAUUAUUCGACACUUUUGUUCAAGUAUAUAUGAAGAUAGAUAAAGGGCCCGAUUUAAUAUUACCGAUUCAAAUGCAUUUCAUUUGUUUACACUAAAAAAAAAAGAAGAAAUAAAUAUAAUAAUAAUGAAAAAGAAACAUUUAUAUAGAUAAUUCCAUGAUGAUAAAAAAGAAAAAUAUCGAAAAAAAAAACCAACACAUCACACUGGCAUUUUCAUUGAUUUCAUCACAAAACGGGAUGAUUUUUUACCUCUGAUUAUCAUUAUUGUUUACAUUUUUCAGCCAAUUUCGACACUUGCGAGUCUGUUUUCUUAUAUAUUUAGCCUAUUCACAUGUAUAUGUGGUCACCAGAUAUUUGUUCGGCCUCUAUCCUGCAUUUUUCGUUUCAAAUCUCAAUAAAACAUCG